UGUAACUAUCAAUGCCAAUGUCUAGUAAUGACUUAAUGUCAAUAUGGCUGAAUAUAAAUUGUUUGUUGUUGUUUACUUUGUAUAAAUUGUAAAUUUAUUUAAAUUCUCUUAAUUCAUGACUAAAUAAUAUUAUUUUUAUUAUAUAUUUGUAAUUUAUAAGUUUAUAGCUCUACAUAUUAAUUGCCAUUAUAAUCUGUUUUCCUUGUACAAUUUACAACCAUUAGUAAAAAAUAAAAUCGAAAAAAGUACUCGGUACUAAAUGGAUUCGGCUACAAUAACUCCUGAAGAAUUUGUUUAUUCAGCGAAACAAUUCUGUGAUAUAUCCGAAAAAUUAUGCGAUGGAUGGAUAUUUUGUAAAGAUGAAGAAAAACACAAAUGUUAUAUUAAAAAAGAAGCGUACAUAUCACAUGAAGGAGAGAAUACAAGCACUUUACUUAAAGCUGUAUUCAUUAUAUUCUAUAACCUGAGCUAUGGUGUACCAUCCUUUAGUUUCAAUAUUUGGAAUUCGUCGGGAGUUCUUUUAACAUUGGAAGAAAUUAGAACAAUGUCUUUUAUUGUAAUAAAAAAAGAGGACUUCUACUCUGUGAUCACUCAACAAGAACACCCUGUAUUAUCAAGACCAUACUUUAUAAUGCACCCAUGUCACACGGCAACACUUCUGUCAACAUUAAAAAGUCAAUCAAAGAAUAUUAUUGUUACAUUCCUUAGUUUAAUAACACCUUUGUUAAGAUUGGAAUUACCACUUGAAUAUGGCUUGUGAAUUGUAAAAUAGAGUUAUUAAUGUAAUUUCAUUGUAAAUUAUUAUUAAUACAGCAUAUUUAUUACCAACAUCUGUCAUGCUAAAGAGUCCUUUUCGCCUACCUGUACCCUAAGUAGACUGAUAUUAACUUUUUGUCAAAGUCUACUCUGAGGUCUGUAGAAGAUUGUUGUUAUGUGGACUGACAACUGAUACCUAGCAAUGUACCACCAUGUCAGUUUGACCUCCACAUGGUUCCCUCUAGAAACCAUCGUGAUAAAUUACUAAUCACACACAAUUACAAAAAUUCAAAAUAUCUUUAUUCAUG